UCCUGGGAGUCGUGAGGGCAAACGAGCCUUGAGUGAGGAUUGGGAGGUCUGAGCAGUGCUCCUGACCUCGACUUCGACUGAUGGGAUCGUCUGAUACGUGGCAUGGGGUCACCUCCAAUUUCUACAGUCUGGCUGAAAGCAGGUCCAAGCCUCCGUGUUAGAAUUGCUUUCUGAGAGAAUGGCAAGUGAUGCGAUAAAGUGAGGGAGUGAGUAAAUCAGUCAGUCAGACUGUAAAGGCAGCCGCAUAUAUUAGGCUGACAGAGGGGCAAUAUACAGACAGAGGAGUACAAUGCAGAAAGCAUCAGUCUGAGACCGAGGUCGCGUUUGUCCUGCAUCCUACAACAGCAGCACGUACAAGCUCGAGUUUUCGCGUCCCGCACUUGAAGUGCUUGUACUCGAAGGGAAAAGUUUAAUCGACUUCUGAGUGCUAGCAGUAUCUGCCAGCUCGUGCUUCUGAUACACGCAUGUAAUACAACAUCGGCCGCCAUGAGGACAAUGAUAUUGAACAGCACGACGUUUCUCAUCAGCUUCAUGCUCUUGUGUAGACAAUCAGUCGAUUGUAUACCAGCGACUGCCACAUUCUACGGUGGGAACGAUGCUUCAGGCACAAAUACUGGUGCGUGCGCAUAUCCAAACGUGCUGGCGAUGGGCUACGGGACGAUGAACGCUGCUCUGAGUUCUGCAAUCUUCGACCACGGCAAAACAUGUGGAGCUUGCUUCCAGCUCGUGUGCACCUACGUGCCCUACGGCAACCUUCGCUGCCUGCGCGGAAGAAUCACGGUGACUGCAACUAACUAUUGCCCGCAGGGAAGCAAAGGAGGAUGGUGCGACGCGCCCAGAUCCCACUUCGACCUUGCGGAGCCGGCCUUCGUGCAGAUCGCCCCUUACAAUGCCGGCGUUGUGCACGUCGACUAUCAGCGCGUGAACUGCCAGAGGAGCGGCGAAAUUCGGUAUCGCCUCUACGGCUUCACUUACUUCCUGCAGGUCCUGGUUUACAACGUGGCGGGCACGGGCGACGUCACGGCGAUGUCCAUCAAAGGCUCGUCUGAGGGUCGGUGGAUCUCCAUGACUCGGAGCUGGGGUCAGUUGUGGACCACGGGUGUCGUGCUCGAGCACCAGGCUCUCUCGUUCAUGGUCACCAUCAGCGAUGGGAGAACUAUUACCGUCAACGAUGUGGCCAACGAGUACUGGAGGUAUGGACAGACUUACGAAGGAGGACAGUUUUGAGCUCCUUUGCCCUCCGUGCCGAGCAUUCGAAGCCCAGGCUCCCGACGGCAUUUAUACCAUGGAGUGCUUUGAAAUGAGGCAUUUCCUUGAGGAGUAGUUCACUUCAGCCCAGGAUCGAGUUUUUCAGAUGUUUCACGUCCCCAUUCACCCUCUGAGUGAUGCCCAUAAUCUUAUUCUAGAUGUUAGCCUCCUACGGGUAGACAGCAGAAGCAGUAUGGUGAAAUUUGGUCACCGUCUCAGAUCCGAUGCAAGAAACCUGCUCAUCUUUUAGGCAACUCGAGUUUGCACAAGAUGACUCUCAGGAUACUUCUUGCAGGCCCGACCGUCGUGCAUUCUAGUCAUUCGUAGCCAGCUGGUGGAAUUCAUCGCCACUGCAUAUGAUUGAUCAAAGGCCAGGUUUGUGUCAUGAGCCUCUAAGUUCUCUUUGAUACUCGCAUCGUCCUUGCUCGAUGGCUGUCACCAGGAGCUUGUCAUAUCCACGGAUACUGACAUCUUUCACGAACUUGGCAUACAUGAGCACUUUUCAAUGCCCGUCUGCUUGUGCUGCGUCGCGCUGAUCUCAGACACGCACACCUUUCUCGCAACGCAGAGACACUCGACAUUGAAGAGAAGUGUAUCGAUAACAUAACGAAAGAGUAUCGUCCAAAGAUCUGUAUAAAGUGGU